UUUGGAAUGAAUAUACCCCUGCUACUGUUGUUCUCCAUCCUGGCAUUUGCCUCCAUCCUGGUCUCUCCGAAGUGCCCGGACCAAAAACAGGAAUAUGAGCACGAGGGAGGACGAGGAGACGGUGACUCUGGAGUCUGUUAGCUCUGUAACACUCUCCCAGGACAGCGAUGGCAGCAUCAUACUACACUGUCCUCAGCAUGAUGAAGACUCUGAGCCAAUCCAGAAGAGACUGUGCCUGACCAGUGAGGUACAGACAGGGACAGACUCUACUCCUCAGUUCUCAGUGAUCACCCUUCCCAUGUCCGAGAGAGAUGAAAGCUUUGAGGUGACCAUGACUGCCACAUCUGACAGUGACAUCACGGAAGGGGGUGUGGCCCAGAUACAGCUGCUGCAGAGGGAGGACACUCAGAACAGUGAAGAGAUGUCUCCUGUCAGCCAGGCCUGGUUCACCACCAAGGAGGACAAAGACACGCUGGUUAACAAAGGCCAUAAGUGGAAACAGGGCAUGUGGUCAAAAGAGGAGAUCGACCUCCUGAUGAGCAACAUCCAACAGUAUGUAAAGGGUCGGGGGAUGGAGGACCCUGCUGAGAUUAUCUUUGAGAUGUCGAAGGAGGAGCGUAAGGACUUCUAUCGCAGUGUGGCCUGGGGUCUCAACAGGCCGCUCUUCGCUGUCUACCGACGAGUCCUUCGCAUGUAUGACAACCGCAACCAUGUGGGAAAGUACACUCCUGUGGAAAUCGACAAACUGAAAGAGCUGAGGCAAAAGCAUGGUAAUGACUGGGCUACUAUAGGAGCGGCUCUGGGCCGCAGUGCUUCAUCUGUUAAAGACCGAUGCCGACUCAUGAAGGACACUUGCAACACAGGGAAGUGGAGUGAGGAGGAGGAGAAGCGCCUGUCAGACAGUGUGUAUGCACUGGCGGGGGUGUGUCCUGGUCGUGCAGUGACAGGGGGUGUGUCCUGGGCGGCGGUGGCUGACCUGGUGGGAACGCGGUCUGAGAAACAGUGUCGCUCUAAAUGGCUCAAUUACCUGAACUGGAAGCAAAGUGGAGGAACAGAAUGGACUAAGGACGAUGACCUCAACUUAGUAAACAGGAUAGUGGAGCUGGAUGUGGAGGAUGAGAAUGAGUUGAAGUGGGAGGAGCUGGCAGGGGGGUGGAGCAGCGUCCGCUCUCCUCAGUGGCUCCGAUCUAAGUGGUGGGCCAUCAAGAGACAAGUUGCCAAUCACAAGGAGCUGCCAUUCCAAGUGUUACUGAAGGGUCUCCAGGAGCUCAUGGAGACUCAGAUUCCAUUAGGGGUGGGCACCGGGACAGGUAGCUCCUCCCCCUCCCUCCAAAUCCGAGUCACGCGAUUGGAGGAAUGUAGCUCUGCCCCCAACCCUGUCACAGCACUGCAGAUCCCCUUGCAACUCACACAACUGGAUAGCGGUGGUACCACCGACACAGACACCAUCACCCUGAACACUGCAGCACUGCACACCUUCCAGAUCAUACCUUCUUUCCAUCUGCAGCCUACUGGGACUCCAGGGACGUACUUUUUGCAGACAGCAGCUAAUCAGAACUUGCCGCUUGGCCUCACAACCAAUCCCACUGUUACACUGACCGCUAGCUCCUCCCCCUCUUCUCCAGAACACAUCAUCCUCCACAGCCUCUCAACGGAGGAUCUCUGUUCGAGUGACGUCAUCAUUCAGACAGUCACCUCUGAUCACGCCUCUUCAGAGCCUCUUGGCCAAUCCCAGCUGGUUGUGGAGACGCAGGGGGAAGAGCCAGAACAUUUUCUGAUUAGUUCAGAAGGUGGAGCCAUCAAGACUCAGGAACAAAUGACAGACAGAAUCACUACCAAAGUGCUGGGCUCUCCCUGCCACAAAGAACAGGUGGAUUCUGGAACAGUGGAGGGGGCAGUGCUUAUUGUUUCAUCUACAAACAUCAGUAGCACACUGACAGAUCCGAUUCUAGAGAACCAGGAAGGCUCGGAUUGAGAUUGAUGGCAUCACAGAUUAAGCCAAUCAAACAGAGGAGUGGUCAUUAUUUAUGAUUGGCUCAACUAGCUAAUGCGCCCCUCUACUUUAAAAGCUCUUUGGUCCAAGGUGACUGAGAUAUCAUCUUAACCCCCUGUGGAGUGUGGUCCGACCGUGACGGAUGUCUGUGUCUGUGUGACAGAAGUCAUUUCUGAAGACAUAUCUGUAGUUCUGGCUGUGCUACCUGGCCUAAGAAAAGCUGUGUAUAGACAAACAGACCAAGUCUGACCUAUUUGCAUCAGUCAGUCUGUUGUCCAAUCAGAUCACCUCUGAAAAAGAUCUGACAUGAACAUGUGUUUAUUGGUCACAAGCCCAGUACUGUAAAUGCAGCUGUAUAGUUUCUGUUGUAGCUGGCUACUGACAUUUAGUUUAUUUAUUGUGAAAUAAAAAGUGAGAAAGUU